AUGGCUACCUUCACUGAACGUGAACAGAAGCUCAUGGCCGCCGCUUGCCAGUCCUUCGAGGGUGAACCCAAGCUGGACAUUGAGAAGUUCUCCCAGCUCUCCGGUCUGACCAUCGGCUCCGCUCGCAACGCCUGGGCCGCUCUCAAGAAGAAGAUCUUUGCUCAGGAUGCUAGCGCCAAGAGUCCUACCACCAAGGCUUCCACCACCAAGUCCGGCAAGAAGCGCCCUCCUCCUGUUGUCAUGCCUUCUGGUGACAACGGUUCUGACGACGAGGAGGUCUUUACUCCCUCCAAGAAGCCCAAGACUCCCAAGGCCAAGGCUAAGGGCAAGACCAAGGCCGUCAAGUCUGAUGACGAUGACAAGGAAGAGGACGAGGAUGAGGACUACGUCAAGGUCAAGAACGAGGCUGCCGAUGAGGACUUUGAAGAGGUUUAA